AUGUUUGGGUUGUGGCAGACGGCGGAGCACAAGGAGAAGGCGAGGGAGACGAAGGCGAAGGAGGAAGCGCUUCUCAACGCUGCACGAGAUGGCAAGUUGGCUGCCGUCAUCUCCGCUCUCAACGACCGCGUCAACAUCGAGUGCUACGACAGCACUGGUUGGACGCCACUGCUCAAAGCUGCUAUGUGUGAUCGUUUGGAGAUUGUCCGCUUUUUGCUUGAAAAAGGCGCCAACAUCGAAGCCAAAUCCACCUUUCUCAACACGCCACUGCACUAUGCCUCGCAAAACAAUCACGUGGAGACCGUUCGUCUUCUCUUGGCUUACGGCGCCAACGUCAAUGCGACAAAUUACUGGAACCAUACGCCACUCAUGGCCGCUCAAGAAAAAGGUCGUGUCCAAGUCCAAGAGCUUUUGCAAACCGCCAUGCUUGCCAAGGCUCUGCGCGAAAAGCGCAUUCUGGACGCCAACAGUCUCCUUCGGCAAGAGGCGAUCAACGUCAACCAUCAGGAGCCAGUACAUAUGCCUCGAAAAGCUGCGCUUUUCUAA